AUGGAUGAUCCCGCCAAGCGCGCAGCAAUCAUGAGUUACGCGCCUUCGGCCUCCUCGUCACGUUCCUCUCUUGCUGGUAAGACUUUGUCGUCACAGUACAACGCGAUGACGAUGAAGCGAGGGAAGAAAACGUUUCCUAAGGCUUGUGAGGGCCCGCCGAAGUGUAAGAAUGUGCUGUGUGAGCAUAAGUAUGCGCCGAUUGCGGGAAUGGGGAUGGCGAAGACUGUUGCGGCGAUGCCGGAGUUAAGCGAUCCUCUCCUUGACCCCAAGGUCCUCAAGCUCGUUAUGACAAAGUCCGAACAAGAUGGCUACCUUGUCUCAGAGGCUUACGCGACCAAGAUGUUGCAGCAGAAUGAGUAUAAGCUUCUUCCUGCUAUCAAGGAGAUCAAGGCGGAUAUUGAUGCGAGAGAAAUCGCCCUCCACUCCACGGGCCGCGUCAACAUCGCCCUCGAACACUACGUCCAAUCAACCUACCCCACCACCCAAACCGACAACCGCAGCUCCUCCUCCUCCACCUGUCAAAACUCCAAACACAGCCACAGCCACUGCCACUGUCAAAACCACAUACCAUACAUCAACGGUCUCCCCAAAACCCGCGACGGCUUCAUCUCCACUCUCGAAAGUGAAGACAUCAACCUCGCCGAAACACUCACCGCCGGCUGGAAAUCCUACUAUGGAAAGGUGAUCCAAGCUGCCAGAUACAAGACCAAGGAGCAUAGAGAGGUGGCAUUCAAGAUCUAUCUGGAAGAGGCGAAGUAUCGGGAGGCGCGGGCGGAGUUCUGGAAGGAGGUUCAGAGUCAGGGGGUUAGUAGCGAUGAGGUGGAGGUGUGUAUGGAGAAGUGGGAGGAGGCGAGGAGAGCUGCGAGGGGUGGGAAGGGAGGGGGAUGGAGAAAGGAGGCUUUUGGGGGAGAUAAGGGAAAUGCUGCAAGUGGAUCAUCAACUGCUCCUGCAGCUGCUUCGACUUCAACUGCACAAUCUGCUGAGAGCAGCAAUGCGACCACUGCAAAGACGAAGGUCUACUCCCACCCUGCCACCACAGCUCCUAUUAUCAAGGAUAACACAUACCCUCAGCCUGUUUCCGACGAGGCAGCCGAAGGCAGCGAUGGGGAUCCUGCUGGAGAAGACGACACAGCACAUAGCUGCAAGGCACCUUUUGAGUCCGAAGACAAGUGGGACCGCCGCUUCAACGAGUUCGCACGCCAACAAGAAGCCGAUCAAGCUCGUUACAAAGCCCUCAUGGACUCUGUCGCCGAAGACGACAUCAAGAUCGCGACUCUCCGCAUGCAAGCCAACCAGCUCCUCCAUGAAAAUAGAAAGCUUCAGAAUGUCAAUUGGGAGUUGAAGUUUCGCGCUACUCAGCGUCUACUUGAGGAGAUUGAUGAUCCGCCUGAGCCGCAGAAUAUCUUUGAUCUGGUGGCCAAGAUCUCCGAUGUGGACUUGAAGUUUAGCUACGCGCUUGACGACGACGAUCUCCCGAUUCUGUAUAGUCUCGAGCUGUACGAUCUUCUGGACAAGCUAUGCAAAAACAUCUAUCUGGUCAGCGUACAGACUAUCAGUGAAGAGACGAGACCAGCUAUCCGGAAGGCAUGGGAGGCUAUUGAUUUCGGCGGCCGCACUUUUUUCCAGGCUAUGAAGCUGGCUGUUCCCAUCAACAGAGGCUUAAUGCAGGAGACGCUGAGUGAGAAGUUGAGCAAGACUAUCGAGAUGGCUAUGCUUCUCGACGAGACGUUCAAGAAUCUCGAUACUGAGCUUCCGGUCUUGAAGCGCAAGGAUAAGCGUAAUCGGGUCGAGGAUAAGAAGUUGCAGGGUAUGAUCAAGCAGUGUCUGGAGUUCUCGAUGAAAGUCUGCGAAUAUCCAACGGAUCUGUCGUGGCGUGGAAUCACAAAGCUUCGUUAUGAAGUCGGCGAUGGAGUUACGCUGCAGAAACAGAUGGAGAGCAAGUAUAUCUGCUUGGCAUCCUGUGAUCCUCCUACCGAGACGAUGAACAAGAAGAAUGCGGCGAUGUACCUCGAAAUCAUCAAGAAGGCUCGCGAUAUCGACGACCUCCUCAAGGCUAAGGCUGAUGAUCCUGUCGCUAAGUACAAGCAGAUGUUGAGUGUUUGGUAUGUUGACAAGGUUCACCCAGCCAGCAUCCUACCUGGCUGGAAGAUCCUGAUCAAGGACCAGGAGAUGCACAAUAUGAUUGCUUUGCUCAUGUUGAUUGCCGCGGACGAGGAAGAUAAUAAAUUCGGCCAAGUCAUCCAGCUGUUCCGAGAGGCUAUACACGAGGAGUUGCUUGCUCUGCACAAGAUCGUCAAGAAUAACCCCAAGGAUUUCUGCGCUAAGACCAAUUACAAGUUCCUCGUUGAGAUCAUUGGUGAUCCCGGACAAUUGCAUUUUGAUGAUCUCACGGAUCAGCAGAUCUGGGACUGGGUUCUAGGCUUUGAGAUUGCAAAGACGAGACUUGGUGGUGAUGUGAAGGAGGUUUUGGGAUGGGCUGCAAAGUUUGACGGCCAGAAGGCUUUCAAGGUGGAUAAGGGGCCAGCAAUUGUUAAGCAUAUGGUUCAGUUCUCUGGUAAUCAGCGACGCAUUGCUACACCCCGUCGUACCCAGGUUUCGCUUCACAAGGCUUUGAGCAAGGAUACGAUUGAGGCCAAGGUCGGCGAGAACGAGACUUUGGAACAUGCAGUUGAGCGGUUGAUCAACCAGUCCCGACUUGCACAAGCAAUGCUGCUAGCAGCUCCACCACAACAGCCGUUACAGACUCUUCCCAAGAUCCCCACGGACGAGAUUCUUGCUGCUCUUGAUGACGACACUCUCGAGAACAUGAAGUCUCUUGGACUAGAUCCCCGCGGCCCCGAAAUGGCAAAGCUUCUCGACCACAUGGACAAGCGUGGCUUGGCUGCUGCAGAAGCUGAUGCUGAGAAGGAGGUUGUUACUUCCGAGCCCGUUGUCUCUAAGAAGGCGGAAGGGAAAGCAGCCUGCUAG